AUGCCGUCCGCAGGAGAAAUCGCGUUCCUCUUGGUGCACCCCAAGCAGCUACGGUCAAUUAUCCAAUGGAAGCUGUGGCACGACCCUGUCCAUGUGCGUGACCCAUCCAAAGAGUCGGCGACGGAGCGGGCCUGCUUCGAGUACCUCGACCUGACGUCGCGCAGUUUCGCCGCCGUCAUCAAGGAGCUGAACCCGGAGCUGCUCAUGCCUAUCUGCCUGUUCUACCUCGCCCUCCGCGGCCUCGACACCAUCGAGGACGACAUGACCCUGCCCAACGAGAAGAAGAUCCCGCUUCUGCGCAACUUUGACUCCAACAUGGAAAUUGAUGGCUGGACCUUCACCGAGAGCGGCCCCAACGAGAAGGACCGCGAGCUGCUUGUGCACUUUGACCAGGUCAUUGUCGAGCUGAAGCGCAUGAAGCCCGAGUACUAUGCCAUCGUUCGCGACAUCACCACCAAGAUGGGCAACGGCAUGGCCGAUUACGCGCUCAACGCCGAGCACAACGCCAAUGGGGUCAACAGCAUCGCCGACUACGAGCUGUACUGUCACUACGUGGCUGGCCUUGUCGGUGACGGCCUGACGCGCCUCUUUGUCGAGUCCAAGCUGGCCAACCCGGCGCUGCUGCAGCGCCCGCAGCUGACCGAGUCCAUGGGCCAGUUUUUGCAAAAGACCAACAUCAUCCGCGACGUGCACGAGGACUUUGUCGACAAGCGCCGUUUUUGGCCCAAGGAGAUCUGGAGCAAGCACGUCGACAAGUGGGAGGACAUGUUUGACACCUCCAACCCUGUGCAUGUCCAAAAGGCGCUCGAGUGCUCGUCCGAGAUGGUUCUGAACGCCCUCAAGCACGCCGACGAGUGCCUGUUCUACAUGGCCGGCAUCCGCGACCAGAGUGUGUUCAACUUUGUCGCCAUCCCCCAGUCCAUGGCCAUUGCCACGCUCGAGCUCGUCUUCCGCAACCCCGCGAUAUUCCACAGCCAUCUCAAGAUCACCAAGGGCGACGCCUGCCAGCUCAUGAUCGAGUCGACCCAGAACCUGCGUGUCGUCUGCGACGUCUUCCGCCGCUACGUCCGCCGCAUCCACCAGAAGAACGACCCCCGCGACCCGCUUUUCACCGAGAUCAGCCUGCAGUGCGGCAAGAUUGAGCAGUUCAUCGAGUCCAUCUUCCCCACCGACGACAUCAAGCAGAUCCAGGCCAACAAGAAGGCGGCUGCGGCCGACGACAAGGCCUUGCCGAUUGGCGAUGGCCUGCUCCUGGUUGGUGUUGUCGUGGCCAUGCUGUUGAUUGUCGGUGGCUUGAUGGUUGGUGCCGCCUGGCUCAUGGGUGCGCACAUUGACAAGAUUACGGAGCUCUUCAACUGGGACGCCACCACUUCCAAAGGGGCCGCGGCGGCCGUUACCGAGGUUGUUCACGGGGAACUGUAA